AUGGAUUCGGCCACGAAAAACCUGCAAGAAUCUCAAUUCCGCGUCAAUCUAUGACUUUGGAAGGAUUUUGCUCAUUUCCCAUGCUGUAGUACUCCUUGACGCCUUUUCAGACUUGCUUAGCGGUUGCCCGUUUUCUAUUCAGGUGGGCGUGUGUGUGUGUGUGUGUGUGUGUCGUUUUCUCAGAUGUAGCCGUCUUUCUCGCAGAGCAUGUAACUGUUUCUCUACGUAGUUGCAUCCUCUAGCUCCUCUCGUUGCUUGUAGGAAAACAAAAACGAUACUGAGGGUCCGAACUCGCACCAUCUAGCAGUACCAUCUAAGCACUGCGAUGAAGAAAGAGCAAGACACGCUGCUGCGUGGCCUUAACUCCAUGGAGAAGGAGCGGCAAAAAUUCGCACUAUUACAGAAAGAGCAGGAACAGAAGUUACGCUCAUUGACUUUUCCCAUAUGUGAUAUGAACCUUGUAUCAUUGCUUGAUGAAGCAUGUCUCUUUAGUAGUACAGAGUGUGGUUGGAUCAUUUAGUAGCACGGCCACUAGACUCCUAGAAUACAAUUCUGAUCCAUCUCUAGUGAAGGUACCCUUCGGUCUAGAGCAGUCCCACACGAAAAUAGUCAUCGUCAAUGACGUAGUACUCUAUGUCUGUGCUGAUUAAUGGCAGAGAGGCCUUAUGAGUAAGAUCGCCAUGACUCUCGUCCUGCCCUUUCAUCUCUCUUUUAAGUCCUCUGUUUGAAACAAGCUCGCCCUUUCGUUGUGCACCCAUGAGACAAGCUUUGUUUUCUUCUCCUCUUUUUUUUUGGAAUUUCCCUGAUCUAAUCUCCGUCCAAAAGAUGGAGAAGGAUGCGCAGCGUGUUGCAGGCCAGAUGGAUGGCUUGCGGCAGGAAAUUGGUGAUUUAGAGAAGCUGUCUAGAAAGAAGGACAAGCAAAUAAGCGACUUGCAGCAGAGUAUCGAAAAAGUUGAGCGCCAUAAAAGUGCGAUGGAGGUACCGAAAACUGGUUCUACAGUUGUUUGCACUUCACCUUCUUGCACAAAAAAUCAGGGUAGUUCUUGUGGUUUACAAGCUCUGAUAACUCAUACAACAUACAUUUGUAACAUGUUAAAACUACCAGAGUGGUAAUAAAGAGCAUCAAUUUGUAACGAGUUUUUCAAGCUGCCAGACUGAUGAUCACGAAGAUCGGUCGUCUAAUUUGAGCCCGUACAUAACUUCUAGCAUCCACCAAGGCAUUCAUCUAGUCUGGAGGAAAACUUUCCGUAUUUUUCCUUUGGAACAAUUACUCUUUCAACUAAAACAGUCUACUGAAGUCCUAAAACAUGCUCACUCAACACGCUUCUACACCAAGAACAACACGUACUUUUUUUCGAAUUUUUAAUCAGGCAGAAUUGAAGUUUCUGAACGAACGCAUCCAACCGAAGGAUAGCAAGAUUCAAGAGCUCUCUGGACACCUAGCAGACGCAGGUCGCGAAUUUGUGCACAAUUAUGGAGGAUGGGAAUUUUAGAUACUUAGGCAAGUUAAGUUUUAGAUUAGAUUUAGAUUUUUGUCCACUUGAGUUCGAUUUUAGAUCAUUUAGAUUGUCCACUUGAGUUCGAUCCUCAGCAUGGGCGAAAGAGAUCAGAUUAAGGAUAGUCUUUUUUCCCCGUUGCACCAUCAAUGGAUCUUGCAGGUGACGAAAGGAUGGAUGGAAAAAAAUCAUGACUACAAGUGAAAAAUAGCUGUAGUAUCAUCUCCAACGUUCGUUGAAGGCUGAGCAGAGCAGGGACAAACAAGUCGAGGCGCUGAAAAUCACGAUACAGCAUCAAACAGAAGCCAUAAAGCAAUCUACGCGCGACAAGGAGGACAAAGACAAAUACAUUUAUGCAACUAUGUGACUCCUAAUGUGCACUCGUCAGACUCACCAUUCUUUACAACUCUUCAAAGUGGCUUGUUACAACUCAAAUGGCUAUAAAGAUUGCAACAAGUAAGUCUAUGGCUCCACUAUCUAAAUCAUCCAGAAAUUUCAGCGGGAAUUGUACCACGCCGCACACGACACCAACGAGCCUAAAUUAUGGCAAGUUAGAGCGCAUCUCACUAGACAGCAUGACUCCUGGCUUCUUUUUCAAACAGAAAUCGGCGUCUUUUCCCUCAUCUAGGAUGCCAAAAGGGAUGUGUUACCAAGAAGGGAAGGAUUUACUCUUCAAUAGGGAAGGAGGACCCGCACCAUCACCCAAUAGUACGUUUCCACGUCUCUCAUCCCGGUGAUCGAUCAACAUCACUCUAACAGAAGCUGCGCUGCUGACGCUCCGGAGAAUGUAUCAAGCCUAUUCAGGGCUCUACAAAGGUGACGAAGGUGGACGCAUGCCCAGUAGUGGCGCUGACGAAGCGGUACUACUACUAAUCAUCCUUGGUUCUAGAAGUAUCUUCGCAUGAGACACAUGUCACGAGUAAAGCGUGUGUCUCAAGAAAAGUUCUCAAUCUCAGGAGGAUCGCAGAUGAACGCCUUCAACUGAUGUCUUGAGAGCUCAACAAAAACUAACAGGAGGCGGUUGGCGUUGUGGAGAUGGACCGGCAAAAGAGGCAGCUGAGCCGUAGUCUGAAGAAGCUUAGCGCUAAAAGUGACCAGCAAAGCGAGAUGGGCCGCGUGAAUAAUAUGCGGAAAAUUGGAGAGAACUCUCUCCUCAUUUUAUGCCGCGACUUUCUCAAGAAGUACAGACACUUCUACUGCGUACAGACCUCUAGAGGCAAGGAAAUCCUCCUUUUUGCAUUUGAAGAUUGUGAGUAAUAUGGUUUACUUCUGCGUUUGAAAUCACUACAUCAAAGAUGUUGGUAUGAAGUUUCAGCUUGGACUCCCAUGCCUACCAAGAUAGUAUUGUUAAGUAGCACGCAUAACCAAGCUAGUUUGUAAGAAAGUUUGGAUGUGCUUCUGCAAGAAGUGCCACAGAUUCUAGCUGUAGAAACAUCAGGUACACAUGACUGAAUAAAAACUCCUAAAGUACUCUAAUCCUGCAAGAGAUAAACGAGCUGAGGAAAGGGCAAAAGAACUACCUCGACAAGGUAUUACUGUCUUGCAAGAACUGUCUGGUACGAUAUAGAUCAUUUGUCCUCAAAGUCUAGAACUGCGUCCACAACUUCUGAAUGCAAUUGUUCUUUGAGCGGACGGGAUAGUACCCAAAUUUUUGACACAACUCUUGUCACAGAUAAAGCAGCUCGAGCUGAUGGUAAAGAGCCUUAGGGAAGGAGCCGCUGCGCCACCUCGAUCAAGCUCAGCACCGCGAAUGCCCCCAAUCAGCGCAGGAGCCGCAACUGUGCGUACUACUUUUUAUGUAAGUGUAGAACUGAUCUCUUAGAUGAUUACGCCAAAUGAUGACAGGGAGACAGGCACGACAUGACUACGUCUGUAAAUGUUAAUCUUGAACUGUCCGUAGUUCCAGUAUGGAAAAAUGCUACCUACACUCCUGAGACUAGGUCUAAACAGAGGCCUCACACUUUUUCCUCCCAAUAUCAGAACCAAGUGGGCUCGGAACUAAAGCGGGUUUGCCCAACGCUCGAGCGAAGGCACAACUGCAGGAAUUUGCUAGUGCUGAUGGCUUUCCUCUGAUGAUCUCGAUGCAGAACUUAAGGCACACAAAAUAACUUUAUCAGACCCUAUGCUUGGCCAUUACUAAUAAUUCUGUACAUAUAUAUCUUUUACCCACUAUCCUUCCUUUUUCUUUUCCUAGUUAGAUACGCUCUACCAAUAUUUUAUUAGACCCUAUGUAUUGCAAAAUAACUUUAUCAGACACUCUAAUCGUCCUACCUAUCCUUCCUUUUUCUUUUCCUAGUUAGAUACGCUCCACCAAUAUUUUAUUAGACCCUAUGUAUUGCAAAAUGACUUUAUCAGACACUCUAAUCGUCCUACCUAUUCUUCCUUUUUCUUUUCCUAGUUAGCUUGGCUCCACCAAUAUUUUAUCAGACCCUAUGUAUUGCAGAAUAACUUUAUCAGACACUCUAAUCGUCCUACCUAUCCUUCCUUUUUCUUUUCCUAGUUAGAUAUGCUCCACCAAUAUUUUAUUAGACCCUAUGUAUUGCAAAAUAACUUUAUCAGACACUCUAAUCGUCCUGUUCCAGAUGCAGUAAUCUCUGUAAUAGGUGGUGUCUGAGUUCAAGAAUCUCUAAAAAGCCAAAGGUAG